UUAAGCCCGCUUGGACUGUAUUUUAUGAAUAGACGAGACCAUUACAUUACGAUUGUGGGUAGAAGUGUGUGAAUUCUCCGAAUUCAGUUGCAAAAUAUUUUUUAAGGGAUUUAAUUUGAUAUCUGGCUAUUAAAUUCCUAAAGAGGAACUAAUUGUGUUUGACCAGUAAUAGAAGAAAUUAGGACCAGAACUUGAAUAAUAUUAUUUGUGUGUGGGUUACUCUUCAAUAUAGCUAGUGUGAAAAUCAUACGUCACGCUUUUCCAAGAUGUCGGAAGUUGAGAACAACCAAGAAACCAACGGAACUAGUAAUGGUGAUGUGCCCGAAAUUGAAUUGAUUAUUAAGGAAGAAUUUAUGCUUGAAAAUGAGAUAGAAGGGAAUGCGAGCGAGCUCAACAUCAACGGAGUAACAGGUGGUGAUGGUUUGCACGAUGUCGACGAGAAAGAAAAUAUAGUCAAAUCAAAUUUACAACACAUUAAGGAGUGCAAAACAACAAACUCAGAAAAAGUAUUCGUUCAACGAAAAGAUGCUUUUGCGAAGCACCGCAACGAGUUCUUAGAUGGUGUCAAUGUUCUUAUGCUUACUCAUCAUGACAAUCAACAUUUUCAAUUCGAAUAUGUAACCUCGAAACAAGAUGAGAACGUGCUGGAUACACUCUCCGUAGUUGAACAGCACACAACAUGCUAUCAAAUUGAUGAAAAACUUAACAGUGAAAACUUGUCGAUAAAUCAUAUGAGUCGAGUUCCAUUUGCUCAAAAACAUAUGGAAGAUGAAGUGGUAGUUAAAGGGGAAUUUCCGAGUGACAACAACCCAGUAAGCAAUAUAGAUUUUGCCGCAAUGGUGGCCGAGGCGUGCGAAGGGAUUUUUGAUGAAAUCGAAAACGACUUGAGAGCAUACAGUAACAACAGCGAUAAUAAUGAACAAUUUUCCGAUUCGGCGUGUCAUAGUCAAGCGCGUGUAGUGAAAAGGAAAAAACGAGCGCACAACUCAGAAGCGGUACAACAGGCGGCAAAUGCCGUAUUGGAAGGCCGUAUGAGUUUGGGGGAGGCCGCUAAAUGCUAUAAUGUGGUGCGUUCAACAGUAUCUUCAAGAGUGGCCAAACAUCCUAAACGUAAAAGAAGAAAAUCGAAUAAGCAAUUAGAAGAGCUCAUUUACAGUAAGCUGAAGGCUGGUGUGCAAAUUUCGGAAAUUUCGCGCUCUUUACAUGUUCCCAAGUCAACCGUUCAUUUAUAUAAAACAAGACUGAAAGAUAAUGGGUUGUUGCCUCCGGUGUGGAUUAGGAAUGGCAGUAAAGAUAUGGUGGAUCACGGCGUUCAAGAACGACUAUUGCAAGCAUAUCGUGGCCACAUUGUAAACGGAAUGUCAGUACGAUUCGCAGCGGAGUUUUACUCGUUGCCGCUCACAACAUUGUGGCGAUACAUAAAACGGAGGAAAGAUCCCACAAUGAAUGUCGAUGAUCAUCUUACGAAAUCUGAAAUGGAAGAAUGCAUUGAGGGUGAAAAUUAUAUUAACAACCCUACAAAUGACUUUGAAGAUAUAGAAAUUGAAAAGAACCUGCAAAUUAAUGAAAUGAAAUCACAUCUAUCUCCUGCUUCGUAUCCCAAAGAUCUGGAACCAGUUAUUGAAAAAAAAGAGCAAACGAUAGAACAGUCUUUAAUAAGUCAAUUGUUGGACUAACAUAUUGUUAUUAAUUGUAUUGGAUCUCAGUAGUUGAAAUAUUUUGUAAAAAAGAAAAUUCAAUAAAUACAACAAAAUCAAGAAUAUUUUGUGGCGAUUUUUAGUAUACAAGUAGUCUAAUUAAUUUAGAUGCAUAUUAAACCAUAUAGUGUAACUUUUAGUCACUCAAAAUAAUCCAAUUGAGUUCAGUAUCGGCUAAAGUUGCAAAAACUAAAAUAAGUAAGCUUCUUAUAAAAAUAUAUUUUCGGACAUAAUAAAACAGAAAUAUCACAUUUAUAUGUACACAUAUACACAGAUAUGAAAAUUUCGUAAUUGUAAAAACCAGAACAACGAACGCUUCAAAUCGAAAUUCUCGUUUGUUUGUUAAGUUGAGAUCAAAGUUAACUAAUUAAAAAAUCGUAGGAGGUAUCGGAAUAAGAUUGUGGACCUUAUUGUGCACCAGGUCAAAAUUGUUAAUAAAAAUGUGAGUAAAAAAUGCAUAGAUACUUAAUAACUAUUGUUAAUUAUCAUUAUUUAAUUCAGGAUCAACAAUUCAAGGUGAAAGCGUUGUUUGAUUUGUUGAAUUCCUUAUUGCCAGAUUUAUGUUUUUUAUUGUUGUCCCUUUAACUCUUAAAUGUAAAAUUUAGCGCUGUUUAGUAGUAUGCUGCUUAGACAGGAUAGGGGAAGUUGAAAAUAUAUAGUUUUCACAUGGGAAGAAAUUUACCCUUUACUCAGAACUGAGAAUAUUGUACACACAUAAAUACAUAGGAAGUUAAACUUAAGCGUAUCUUGGAAUUUUUUAAAGGAUUCUUGAUUGAUUAAUCUAUUUCACAGGCCUCCACAAUCGAUGGCAGGCGAAAGGGUGCUUGCCUUUUUUGCCAGGAAUACUUUAUGGACUUGUAUCUUUUGGCAGAACUUAAAA